AUGCAACCAAAGAAAUCAAAGAAAAUGCAACCAAAGAAAUCAAAGAAAAAGCAACCAAAGAAAUCUAAGAAACCUCAACCAAAGAAAUCUAAGAAAAUGCAUCCAAAGAAAUCUAAGAAAAAGCAACCAAAGAAAUCUAAGAAAAUGCAACCAAAGAAAAAGCAAACAAAGAAAUCUAAGAAAACGCAACCAAAGAAAUCUAAGAAAACUAAACCAAAGAAAUCUAAGAAAAUGCAACCAAAGAAAUCUAAGAAAAUGCAACCAAAAAAAUCAAAGAAAAAAAAACCAAAGAAAUCUAAGAAAAAGCAACCAAAGAAAUCUAAGAAAAUACAACCAAAGAAAUCUAAGAAAAUUCAACCAAAGAAAUCAAAGAAAAAGCAACCAAAGAAAUUUAAGAAAACGCAACCAAAGAAAUCUAAGAAAACGCAACCAAAGAAAUCUAAGAAAACGCAACCAAAGAAAUCUAAGAAAAAGCAACCAAAGAAAUCUAAGAAAACGCAACCAAAGAAAUCUAAGAAAAAGCAACCAAAGAAAUCUAAGAAAACGCAACCAAAGAAAUCUAAGAAAAAGCAACCAAAGAAAUCUAAGAAAACGCAACCAAAGAAAUCUAAGAAAAUGCAACCAAAGAAAUCUAAGAAAACGCAACCAAAGAAAUCAAAGAAAACAUUACCAACGAAGAAGAACAAGAAAAAUCUAUCAGAGAAAACAAAGGAAAGAUUGACAAAGAAAGUAAAUAAAUUGCGACCAGGGAAAACGAAGAAAACGCUAUCAAAGAACACGAAGAAAAAUCUUACAAAGAAAGCAAAGAAAAUACAGCCAAAGAAAAUUAGGAAAAUGCAACAGGAAAAAUUGAAGAAAAAACGAACAAAGAAAUUGAAGAAA